GUAAACCCUUUGUUUGCUCGCCUUUAGGGUAAAGAGGUACAGUACAACAAAAGGACAAGUCUAGCCACGGAGCACUUGCUAUUUCCGUCCAUCUCUGGCCUCCCCAUUAAACUUGCCGUGAACGCAUCAGCCGCCACUAACAUAAGAAUUAAAGGGAACGUGGAUCUGAAACAGUGGUCGGACUUUUAUAUCACCGGUUUCAUCAAGCCGAGCGCUCACGUUCAGGUGUCUGUCCACAUGGGGAUUGACGGGAAGAUUGGCAGAGCUGGUCUGGAAUGGGUGGCGGGGAUGAGGACUAUGACAAGCUUGGACGGUGGAAUCCACCUAAAGAAAGGACAAGACUUGAAGGUGUUUUUGAACACACCAGAGCAAUCGAUGGAGGUCAUAGAUAUCAGCUCAAGACUUUACACCGUAAACCCGUCCGGGAAGGAGGAGAUCAUUGGCUCUCUGGAGCGAAUCGAGGAGAGGACCUGCAGUCAGGAGGAAGCGUCCAGGCAGGUCGGGUGGCAGAUCUGUUCCGAAAUGUCGUAUCCUUUGGCGACUUCUGGCCCUGGGUUUCCACUGUCUGGACCCGCUGAAGCUUCGGUUAUGUUAAUAAAACGUGACAAGGGAUUGCGUCAGUACCUGCUGGAGGCAGCGUAUCACUACAGCUCGCAGAAAGAAGCCUGGCUUCCUGAGGAGGCUGGGCUGCACUUCUUCAUGGGGACGCCAAAGUCCGACAUCAACAGAGACGUGGCUGUCGAUAUCCAGCUCAGCUACCCGAAGAGGAAAUUAUCAGCCAGAAUCAUUCACCCAAAGAAAAAGAUCAAAGUAGAGGGAGAAAUCAAGAGAAUCAAGAGCUCUUGCACCGGUUUGCUGGAAGUCCUGAUAGACGACAAAGACACGUACUACAUUAAGGGAUGGACGGACUUGCAGAGUGUUGAAGGGGAGCAGAUGUAUUUCACCCAGCUGGAGGCCAAGUUCACGAAGCAUGGCUGGCCCAUAAUAAUGUCUGGCAACGCAACCAGAGUCUUCGGAAAGAGAAUAGCACUUUCGGCCUCACUCAGAAACGUAUUGAAGGAAACUGCUACCGUGUCAGUGAAUUUGGAGCGAAAGAGCGAUGAGAAACAAAGGCAGUUCUCCAUCGAGGCUGAUGUCUACCUCCCUCGCAUCCUCGGAUGCCAAAUGGUCGGCCUUCUUCAAGAACGGGGAACGGUUUGGUCUUCGGCGUUACGGGCGAAAUACGGGCUGUUUGGUAAGGUGAUAGCCGCACAAAGCUUCCAGCUCGAAAUUCCAUCCGGCUCGUAG